AGAGAGAGAGAGAGAGAGGGAAAGACCUCCGAUCUAUCACCGGAAAUCAAGUGUAUUUACCUUCAAACUUAAAGCGUGGCACCAGAGGAGGACGAGGCAGGCCAGCAGCGGAAGCCGGGUGUGUGUGUGCGGCGGGUUUGCCUCCGGAGCGCCACACUGCUGCUCACUGAGUGACGCCGGGCGGGAGGAUGGAGUCGCUGACGGCGCUGCUGCUGCUGGAGCUCGCUCUCUACGCCAGCUCCUUCGUGUGCGGGAUCGUGGCCGCCGCCUCCGCCACCAUCGUGCAGGGUAACUUCGGAGGUCUGUGCAUGCUGUACGGACUGGUCAACUACAAUGCGACGGCCGGCCUCAUCGGGAUCCAGUCGUCCAGCUCCCCCUCUCUGUGCUACUUUGUGUCGGCCAUCUCGGUGAUGGUGGCAGUGGUGUGCUUCUCCCUGUCUCUGUACUGGGUGUACACCCUCUGCAUCGACGGGGACUUCAGGAGGGAGCGAAUGUGGAUGAACAUGGUUGUGGGUGUGUGCGGCGUUUUCCUCUUCUUCCUGCUCAUCACGGGCUGCAUUCUGAAGAUCGGACGGGACUCGCUCUGCAACUCGGUGCUACAAGUCGUUCCCAACAUUACCAGUUGUGAGGAGGCUCAGACUAGAACCUGGGCGACUCCUCUGAGAGCAGGAAAGUUCUACAACAGUCUGUACAAGGCUGAGACAGCGGUGUGGGUCAACUUCUUCUUCUGGCUCAUCAUCGGGAUCCUGGUCUUCAUUCAGCGGCGCCACAGCCCUGGGGCGAAGGUGCUCGUGGGGGGGUUCGGCGGGCCGUCCGGUGGGCUCUUUGGCGACCCGGGGGUGACUGCUGCGGAGACCGAGCCCUUUUUCAACCGACCCCCGCAGCCACAGUGAGGACGUGCGUCCCAGAGGUUUUACAAACACACAGCAGCCAGAUAUGGAAAUAGGGUUAAUACACUCAGUGUUCUAGAGAAUGCCAACAAAGUUAUUAUUAAGAUGCUUGCGAUAAAUUGUGAGUAAAUGUGGCGGAUUGAGGCGCUGUCAAGAACAACAUAAACAUUGUUCACCGACGAGGAUGGGAUUCGAACCCACGCGUGCAGAGCACAAUGGAUUAGCAGUCCAUCGCCUUAACCACUCGGCCACCUCGUCCUGUUGAGCAGGGUUAUAUGAAGCGUAAUAGUUCGCAGAGCCGUUUGUGUGUGCCUCAGGGUGUGUGUGUGAAGCACACUUCCAAAGAUUGAACUGCUGAUAUGUGCAUUUAACCCUUUACCACAUUUACCUUGAAGCCAUUUUCAACGUCUGAGACCUGGAUCACACAGAAAUGUGGAAUCCUGCCUUUGUUUUUUUUUUACAUGACUUAGAAACAGGAUGUGAUCAUCACAGGCAUUUGGUUAUAUUUCACCAGUGGGCUCAGAUUUUGUACUUUAGUUGUGAUUUGCAGAUUUAGUUUCCUACUUCAAACAUUUUCUAAUUUUUUACGUCCGGUUCCUCCCAGUUGGAAUAAUGUUUGUUCUCUUUUUUCUUUAUUUAUGAAAAAUAAUUGAAUUCGGCAAUUUCCUUUCUUUUUAAUUUGCCACUGCUGUUGUGUCUGUUCCGACCCCUCACUUCUUCUUCUAACUUGUACUUUAUGUUCACUCAGUGUUACUUCUAUCAGAUACUGUAUGUGAUCAUGUGCUGUAGAGUGAAUGCACUUCAGGGCUGUUUAGUCCAGAAAUCAAACAGUUGAUUAUUUGUGCUGAUGCUACUUGACACAUGUGCUAAAAUAAACCAAAGAGUUUAAACACAA